UCAUCUGUAGGAGUAUACAGCACUGCUGUCAUCGUUUUGGCCACUUUUGUCAUUUAAACAACGUUUUUCAACCAUGGGGGCACCAUGAGGAGAGGGCUUCUAAUAUUCUGUUAAUGUGUUGACACACAAGCUGUGAUCCUCGACGUCAUCACCUGUCAUUCCGACAGAAACUUCCUCCAUUCCUGAGAAUAUCAGACUGCUCACCUUGAUAACACGUCUCUGCUACUCACUCCAUUAUUAUCACAGCAUGUUCGUCAUGUUCCAGUGAUUCUUGUGUCUGAGGAUUGAAGGAGCAACAUGGAGGAAGCUACAGGGAACAAGGUCUAUCUGGUGAAGAGAGUUUCUGUGGAGGAGCCGCCAUCAGUAAGUUACCCGGCCAGCGACCAGACAGGAAAAAUAGAUCAAAUGGACGACUCUUCCACUCUGAUGAAGGAUGUAACUGGCACGGAGCAAAGGGUGGAUGAGGAGAGACCAGUGUCACCGAGCCCCAGUUAUCUGUCAAUGAAGAGUGCACGAUCUCUACUUAGACCCAUACAUUUCAGAGAGCAAGACGUAACUGAAGAAAAAAAAGCUACACUUGCGAGAUCUGGAUCACCAACCACCAGUAUUGCAUCAACGCAGAGUGACCUUUCCGUGAAUAUUCCUUUUACCUUCAAUGAUGAAGGCUCAAGAGAAAUAUCCAGAGAGGGUCUUUGUGACCCCUGUUCUGAUGAUGACCGAGAGAGGAGAGCUGUGAAGACCUGUCUCACCUGCCGUCUCUCCUACUGUGAGAAGCACAUCAGGAGGCACUACACUUCACCAGUGUUUCAGACACACAGUCUGGUGGAUGUGACCCUGGCUGUACAGCAGAGACUCUGCCAGGAUCACCACGAGCCUCUGGACAUGGUCUGCUGGACUGAUAACAUGCUGAUCUGCAGUCAGUGUUCUGAAACACAGCACAGAGGACAUUACAUCAUUUCUAAGGCUGAACAAACUGCAGGAAAGGUAGGUACUGUUUGGCUGUCUAUUCCAAGUUCUGUAAGUCAAUACUGUGAUUAACAACUUGAGAUUUUAAAUAUGUUGCAUGGA